GAAUUAAAUCUCGUAAUUGACUUGAUGUUAAAGUUAAUGGUCUUAAAUAUAAAAAAAUGAAUAAUAAGUUUGUCAUAAUAGCAAUACAGUGUGCCUUGGAGAUGCCUUGAUAGUCAAUCAGCUAAUUGUCGGUAUAUCAACUUUCAUUGGACGCAAUUGUAGGAACAUAUGAUGAACUAAACGCACUACACAAUUCUGUACACUAGUUUAAACGGGAUGCGGCCCAGUUCUAAAUGGCUACCUCUGAUUCUGGUCACCUGUGUGUUUCAAAUAAAUAGACCAAAUUUUUUUACGUAAUCUUCCAAAAAUUACGCGCUUAGAAAAAAAAAUAUUAGAAAGUUCAAUUGCGUGCGUCUACUUUAGGCGUUAGCAUUUUUUAAUUCAUCGGAUCAGAUGGCUAAGCGUCAACUAUUUGCAGACUCUAGUACCGCAUUCUGUUAAUUCUUUCGUCAUUAGUUUCAAGUGAUGAUGACCCCCAAUGUCUCGUGAUUUUUAUUACACUCAAAUAAAUUAAGCUUAUAAAUUGCCAAUUUCAAUUUUAUUCGAAUUUUAUUUUGGUUUCCGACUCGACAUUAACAAUUGAAACUUUAAGCAUUCGUAUAAUCGGAUAUGCGCGGGCCUAAGUGGGGAUCGUUGCUUGAUGAUUAUCAGUAGAAAAGGUCACAGACGAAGUUCAUCUUCGUUGUAAAAAUUAUGACUUGUUUAUCGCGUUACAAUUCAGGCGGUUGAUAUAAUAAAGUGUUUUUUGCUUGUGGUAAUUUUUUUAUUAACAAAAUUAAUAAAUAUUGACAAGUUUUGUUAAGAAUUGAAUUAGUCUUGAAAUUGAAUACUCAGUAGUUCUCCGCACAAUUAAUGUUUAUAGAAUUUACUUUUAGAAAUUUAAUCGGCAAUUGUUAAAAGUGCAAUUUAAUCGAACUUUUGUGACAUUAAUUAUUCAAUAAAUACAAAUGUACGAGUAAAAAUUCUGGAUUAAUUAUCAUGGUUGUGACAAAAACGCUUGGAGGGAUGAAUAGAAGCAUCCGUAGUAAAAAUACCUUUCGAGGUAUCCCAAAAGCGGAAUUAGAGCGGAAAACCAAUGCGAUUCUUCGUGCAAUGACGAUCGAAGAACUUUACACGGCUCUUGUUUACAUGACGCAACACCAAAUCGGCUAUGAUGUUACAAAUGAGUGCGGACGGGAAGCUUUACUUAAUCAUCUGCAGCAAGCUUUCAAGGUUGACAGUGAAGUGCACUCACAAGUUAUAGAAGAAAUACAAAGUAUGGAGGCGCCAGUAAUGCAUCUCAAUGUCGAAGUAAUAGAAGCUAAAGAGCUUAUUUCGAAAGAUUCAAACGGCAAAAGUGAUCCAUUCUGUGCACUCUACCUCGAAUCAGCACCAACUCGAAGAUAUAACACAGCUGUUAAGACAAUGACGUUGGCGCCAGUUUGGGAGGAACAUUUCGAACUACCGCUUGAAGAUGCUGACAAUGAUACUCUGUGCCUUGAAGUUUGGGAUUUCGAUGCUGCUGAAACGGUACCGGAAAAGAUGAGCAAAGUCAAGGAUGUUAAAGGCGUGCGAGGGUUGGUAAAAUUAGCAAAAGAGAUUGCAGUUACCGCAACCACGGGUAGUCAUGACAACGAAUUCAUUGGUCGUUGCAAGAUUCCGUUGAAAGACAUUCCGGUUACUGGACAUACGACGUGGUAUUCACUUGAAAAGAAGAACAAAUCCAAACGACGUGGUGUUGUAAAACUUAGACUGGCAUUUAGUGCAGAGCAUAAUACUCAAGUAGCAGCGCAGGAACACAGGCAUCUAGUUAGGAUUCUACUUCUUCAUGAACUGGAAACAGAAAAAGUUGAAAAGUACUGCUGGUGUGGUCGUUGGUCUGCUCCAGCAGAAGCCUUGAUUCUUCAGCACAGCGCUCAACGUGGACUGCUGGCGAGAAAUGUCUUUUUGUCGCAAUGGGUUGAAUAUUCUCGGAUUCAUCAGCAGCAUCCGCUUCAUUUUGCUGUUUUCAACAAGGUUGCUGUUGAAUUACUCAGGCCUCUUGAGAAUGGCCUGUUCUCCAAAGAUGAAGAGAAAUUGUUCUGGGAUGCUACGAAGAAAAUUGUCUACUCUUGUUUAAAUAGUAUUAGAAAAAUUAGGAGGCUCUCUGCGGGUGAUAAAAAUGUUAUGACACAAAUGGGCGCUAUUUUGGGAAUUCUAUCAUCAAUUUCUUCACUCAGAAUACCUGAUGACUUUGAUUUGUUUCCUCAAAAAAUGUUCGGCUGGUUUCCUGAAUCCGAAGACACAAAAGUAGAUGUAAUGAAGGUUUUAGAGUACUCCGUAAUCCAAGGUGGAGCAGAAUGGUUUGAUCACAUAUUAAAUAAUAAUACUCCAGCGAGCGAUAGUGACGACGAUGCGCUCAAAUACCAAAUAAAAGUUAUCCAACUGAUUAGAGCAGAUCUUCAGCGUGCAAUGGAAAUUUACGACCGUAUGUUUAUAAAAAAAAUCAACUUUCCUUAUGCUCGGACACUUUACAUAAUGUAUGAAAAGCGAAUCAGUGACAUGUGCAUGGUAAUUAUCGAAGAUGUGUGUCUUCGUCUAAAACGAAUCGAAGUUGAUAGCACUGACGAAGUAGAGCUAACAUUGGGGACAACAUUGUUUGAACUUUAUCUAACUCUCCAGCGAUAUGCUAUGUUAAGUAACAUGUUUUGUCUAGAUGGAAUCGAUCACAUGAAAAUCCAAAGUUACCACGAAUGGUUCCGAGCUGGAGUUUCGCACUGGUUAGAUAUAUCUGUGUACAAAGCAUUGAAGAGGAUUGAAAGGGCUGUUGAAUUCGACACCCUUCAACCAGUUGACUCUAGUGUCCAGUACAGCUCUAGCGCUGUUGAUACUUUGACGAUUUUUUACCAAAUAAAGGUCUUUUGGACUCAAUUAGCUUGGCCAGAUGUCGAAGGCUCUUAUACAUUUAUUGCAAAGAUAAUUGACGACAUAUGCAAAUGCACGAUUUCGUAUGCAGACAUGAUGGCGUCAAAAGCUGAAAAAGUUGAUCAACAGAUCCAGAGCUUGGACAACAAUAGCAGCGUUUAUGAUAAAAAGUUCGAAGUCUCUAACGCUUGGUGCUUUGCUAUUAACAAUAUUGACUACAUCAGAACUUCAAUUGGGCCAUUGACCCACGACUUAGGCCUUCAAGAUAUAAUCGACAGCUUGAGUGAGAACAAAACUCAGCAAGAAGCUGAUCGCUGUCGACAAACUCUGGAGCUUCUUAUCAACAACACGAUGGACACUGUGAAGAACAAAAUCAUUGAGCUGCUAGAAGUUGUAGCGAAUAAAAUGCAGCCUGCGAUGAGCAGAUAUCUGAUGGAAGGUGCUGAGUUGAUAGACACUACAAGCAAUGCGAUGGAUCGCUUGUUGCAAUAUUUGGACACAAACAUCACGGUAUUGCAUGACAAUCUCAAUGAAGACAAUUUUGAGAGAGUUCUCUUAGUGAUUUGGGAAAUAAUGUCUGAAACUUUGUAUAAACUCGUGUACGCCAAUUUGGAAAAGCGCAGGCCUCCAUCAUUUUACUCCAAUCUAAAUCGUACUUUGCACACGUUGAUAAGGUUCUUCAAUUUAGGCGCCGAUGAGACUUCAAAUGUCAAAAUUUUGGAGAAAAUUGAACGGCUUCUCAGUCUCCAUGGGCUUGAAACUGCGGAUUUGAUCCAUCGUUAUUAUUUGGAACGGGCUCAGCAACAGAAGGAUAUUGAAGAAACUUCACAUGGUAUGCUGACUGUGCGCGCUCAGUUUAUCAGUAAUUUACUGAAUGUCCAGAUUCUUAAUGCCAGAAACUUGCGGCCUAUGGAUAGUAACGGAGAUUUGAUAGGCAAGCUGUCUACUCUUGAGCGCAAACUACAUUCAAAGAGUAAACAACCGACUAAAAGACUGAAAGAGGUGAAGACAAGAAAGUGUGAUUCUUACGUCAAAAUAAGACUAUUACCGGAGGAAAAAUUCUGUGAAGUUAAGCUGCCAAAGACUCAUGUGCAGAAAGAAACGCUUUUUCCUCUUUUUGAUGAGACUGUGAACAUAGCUUUGACUCCUGAGCAGAGAAAUAUUGAAAAUGCAAUUUUGGUGUUUGAAGUCAAAGACAAAGAUUUUCUACGGACGAAAUUUAUGGCAGAAGCAUUUUUGCAGUUCAGUGAUAUUCCAGAUACUGGUCAUGAUGUUGGCAUUGAUUCGCUUGAUCAGAUUCAUUUGAAGUUAUCGCGACCAGUCGAUAAAACAACUGAUGUGAUCCGAGCACUCGAACAUCGAAAAGGAGAUAACCAGGCAAUGGAUUUUAUUUCUAAAUUUAAUGCUAAGUUAAAUACUCGAUAAUUUAAAGACUUCUUACUUUGAAGCAAUACCAGAAUGCUACUAAAAAUUUUAAUAUCUUAAUUUUGUAAAUAACAUGUGUCGUACGAACUUAAUGCAAUGAUUCUAUUCAAAGUAUAUUGUAUGCAAAUUUAUUAAUUGUUGAAUGUACAUUAUAUUGUUUCUAAUAAAAUGAUAAAAAAUUUUUUGUAUUGAAU